UUCCGGAAGCGGCGGAAUGCAUCUUCCACAUCCGCCGCUGGCGGAAGGCGUGUCGAUCCAGGUGUCUGGUCUCGGUCGACCAAUCGGAGAGAUGGAGGGGGUCGGAACGGUCCGCAUCCCCUCCCCCAAACUCCGCCGGGGGUGAACGCGCCAAGCGAGGGGGAAGGCGUGACGCCGAAGACUAACGUUCCUCCUAGGUCGAUCCGAUUGGCGGAGACAGAGCGAGGGGCGGAGCGUCGGCGUGCUUCUCCAACGGGAGGGAGCGGAGGGCGAUAAGGCGACGAAGAUCGUCGAUAGCCGGAUCGAGCCUUCGGAUGGAUAUCGACCCGGCUUAUUCGUGUCGCUGCAAUCCGUUCAGCAUCGCCUCUUUGAUGUCGGACAACGCUGCCGAGUCUUUCCUGGCUCCGCUGGCCGUCGCACGCGCCUCCGAAUGUUGCUACGACUGGUCACUUCCGGCCGCGGCUCCGACGCCCGCCGUCGAUCCCGUCCCGUGCCCCAACACCCCCGUUAAGGAGAUGGAAGCGUGCCUCCUCAGUGUUACCAAAGACUUGUAUCAUUACAACGGGGCAACCUACAGGCUGCAAGAGUGCGAAGAGAUCAUCGAUCCCGUGGGCGAAGAGAAGAGCCUGGACGACGGCGGAGUGGCGGAAGGCGAAGACGACUCGGAAAACAGAGAAAAGAAGCCUCUUCACCCCAAAUUGGUCACGGUGACCGCCACGUUGGAGAUGAAGACCCUGUGGGACGAAUUCAACGAAUUAGGCACGGAGAUGAUCGUCACCAAGGCCGGAAGGCGCAUGUUCCCCACUUUCCAAGUCAAGUUGUACGGCAUGGACCCUCUAGCCGACUACAUCCUGAUGAUGGACUUUGUGCCGGUGGACGACAAGAGAUACCGUUACGCUUUCCACAGUUCCAGCUGGAUCGUGGCGGGGAAGGCCGACCCCAACAUGCCGCCCAGGAUCCACGUGCAUCCCGACUCUCCCGCCAAAGGUACGCAGUGGAUGAAGCAGGCGGUGAGCUUCGACAAGCUCAAACUCACCAACAAUCAACUGGACGACAACGGACACAUCAUUCUGAACUCGAUGCAUCGUUAUCAACCCAGGUUUCACGUGGUCUCCAUCAAUCCCAAGGGGGAGGACGUUUCCAGGACGGAGAACUUCAAGACUUUUAUCUUCCCCGAGACGAAAUUUACUGCCGUAACGGCCUAUCAGAACCACAGGAUCACCCAGCUGAAGAUCGCCAGCAACCCUUUUGCUAAAGGUUUCCGCGAUUGCGACCCCGAAGAAUGGUCGAUAUCUUCGAGCGUGGUCGAGAUGUUAACUUACUUCCCUCCGGCUCAGAGACACAGGGGUCAACACAGGUCGACUUCUCUUCAGCUGUUGCCCGUGAGUCCCGCGUCGUCCUUUGGCGGCAAGAUGGAGAAAGAUGACGAGAAGGAACAUCCCGGCUCCACCAACCCUCUGUUUUCCAGGAUGAACAACGUCCCCGUUUCGCCCGGUUUGCACGUGCCACGUCCCGAUCAGUCGCAGUGUUCCGUCAACCAGCCCUACGCCACGGAUUUGUGCAAUUACGGCCCGACCUACGACAACUACGUGUACCCCGUAAAGACUAGGAGCAGCCCCUAUCCGCGUCCUCAAGCGCCUUACACGGGUUACGGUUCCACCCCUAACUACAACGGCCUCUACCCCAGUCGAACGAGACAGAACAGUUACGAAUACAACCCCAGAUGAGGGGUGUCGAGUCGGGUAAACUCUCAACUUCUGUACAGUUAAACGCGGAUGUUUCCGCGCGGGGAUAAAUUUGACAAGAAAUGUAUUUUUUUGAGUAAAAUAUUGUUAUAUUCUAUCUUAA